AAUUGGAUUCUCCUGUUGCAAAACGCCAUGGGCUUCACUUGCUUGGAACAGCUGUUUGUUGGUUCUUGGUGGACGUCGGUUACUAUAGUCAGAACCUUUUCCAGAAGAAUAUCUUCACGGCAGUUAAUUGGCUUCCUCCAGCAAAGAACAUGAGCGCUAUUGAAGAGGUUUACAAGAUUGCAAGGGCACAAACACUAAUAGCACUGUGCGGUACUGUGCCGGGGUAUUGGUUUACGGUGGCCUUCAUUGACCAUAUAGGACGGUUUGCAAUCCAGAUAAUGGGUUUCUUCUUCAUGUCUGUCUUCAUGUUUGGAAUUGCUAUUCCUUAUAAACACUGGACAUUGUCAAAAAAUCGUAUUGGGUUCGUGGUGCUAUAUGCAUUCACCUUUUUCUUUGCCAACUUUGGACCAAAUACCACAACAUUUAUUGUGCCAGCAGAAAUCUUCCCUGCAAGGCUAAGGUCUACUUGUCAUGGAAUAUCAGCUGCAACUGGGAAGAUUGGAGCAAUUGCUGGUUCAUUGGGGUUCUCAUAUGAUUCUGAAGACCCGGUUCGCACAAAGGAUGAUAAAGGAUAUCCACCCGGUAUUGGAAUUAAAAAGACACUUCUUAUCCUCGCAGGGGUCAAUUUAGCGGGGGUAUUGUUUACCUUAUUGGUGCCUGAAUCCAAAGGGAAAUCACUUGAGGAGUUAACAGGGGAGAACGAAGAAGAAAUGGGAGAGACUGCGUAGUACUAAUAGUAAAGACUUAAAUACAAAUUAUGCCGUUAAGUAUAAAUAAGGUAGCACUCCCAACCUUUUUUUUUUUUUUUUUUUUUUUUUUUUUUGAAUGCUUGUACUCCCAACUUUCAAAUAAUAGUGAAUUUCAAUAAUUUUAUCCAUGGUGAUAUUUAUUAUCAA